GGAAGGGUGACUGACCGAUCUGCCAUACCCGGAGGGGACCCCCCCCCGGCUCCGUUCGAGGAAACUAAGCAAAAUGGCGUGCUCGGGUAACUUCUUGCCAGAGAAACAGUUCCAGUGUCCUCUCUGUCUGCAAGUGUUGGUCGACCCCGUCACCACUCCCUGCGGACACACCUUCUGCAAGGCCUGUAUCCAAAGUGCCUGGGACAGCAGUGAGGUCUACCAGUGUGCCACCUGCGAGAGGUCUUUCUCCCCGCGGCCCGAGCUUAACGUCAGCGUUGCCUUCAAAGAGCUCGCCGACCUGUUUAGGACGAUGGCCGUCGGCUCGUCGGCGACAGCCGCCCAACCCGGCGAGGUGGUGUGCGACAUGUGCACGGGGAUGCCUGUGGAGCGCAAAGCCCUCAAGUCCUGCCUGUUGUGUCUGGUCUCGUACUGCGAAGCCCACCUGGAGCCUCACCGAAGGGUCCCGGCGUUGAGGGUCCACGCGCUGAUCGAGCCGGUGUUGAACCUGGGGGACCGGGUGUGUGAGAGACAUGGGUGCCUGCUGGAGGUGUUCUGCAGAGACGAGCAGAUAUGUGUGUGCCGCUUUUGCUCCGAGACGGAGCACAAGGGACACAGUGGCGUCACGUUAGAGGAGGCGAGUCGAGAGAGGAAGGUGCAAAUGAAGAAGACUGAGGCUGAAUUCGAGCGGAUGAUCCAGGAAAGACUGGAGAAAGUGGAGGAGAUCAAACGGUCGGUGGCGCUCAGCCGAAGGAGCUCAGAGGAGGAGAGAGAGACGAGCGAUCGUCUCUUUAUGUCGGUGAUGCGCAGCGUGGAGACGAGGCAGGCCGAGGUCAACGCCGACAUGGAGGAGAAGCUGAGGGCCACCGAACGGAGGGCCCAGGAUCUCCUGCAGGAGCUGGAGCAGGAGAUUAACGACCUACAGAGGAGAAAUGCCCAACUGGGACAGCUGGAGCACACCGACGACCACCUCCACGUCCUACAGACAUACAACACUCUUAGUUCACUUCCACCCACUAAAGACUGGUCUGAGUUCAGCGUCCAUUCAGAUGUCUGUGUUGGGACCUUAAGGAACGCGAUCUCUCAGCUGGACGCCAUGUUGAAGAGUGAACUGGACGCACUGAAAAAACAAGAGUUGAAGAGGAUGCAGAAAUAUGCAGUCGAUGUGGUCUUGGACCCGGACACUGCCCAUCCCAACAUUGUCCUGUCAGCCGACGGGAAGCAGGCAAGUCGGGGUGACCUGCUGCACGUCCUCCCUGACAACCCCCAGCGCUUUGACCCCGUCCUCUGCGUUCUGGGCAAGAAGGGCUUCCUGUCUGGAAGGUUCUACUUCCAGGUGGAAGUUGGGACAAAGACAUUCUGGGACCUGGGCGUGGUCAGAGAGUCCAUAAACAGGAAGGGGAUGAUCACUUCCACCCCGGAGAACGGCUAUUGGACGGUGAGGCUGAGGAGCGGGGACGAGUACCGCGCUCUGGAAUCUCCCUCGAUCCUCCUCCAUCUCAGGGAGAAGCCACGCACGGUGGGUGUGUCGGUGGACUACGAGGAGGGGACCGUAUCGUUCUUCAACGUGGAAACCCAGUCUCACAUUUACUCCUUCACCGGCUGCUCCUUCGCCGGGAGGCUCUUCCCGUUCCUCAGCCCGAGUGUGAGUGACGACGGCAGGAACGCAGCCCCGUUGGUCAUCGCACCCGUCAGUCAUGAGGUGGAUUCAUAAGGGACACGCCCUCAGCUACACGCUUUAAAGCUGUUGGGAAGGAUUUGCUGUGUGUAAAACUGACAGGGUGCUGUAUUGUAAACACGGGCGGUGUGAAAAUGAAGUGUACCUCAAGGAAACUGUAAAUUAACCAAACCUGGGCUUCUAGGCCAGCAGUUCUCAACCCCGGUCCUUGGGACCCUCGCAGUGCUGGUUCCCUACUCCUCCAGUAACGUUCACCUGUUGUUGCAGUUCUAAAACCUCCCUGGUCAGAUUUCUGUCAUACCUGACCGAACAGAAAACCACUGGGUGGUCCUGAGAUUCACAGUUAGAGCUGAUGUUCCUGGCAAAAUGAAUACAGAAAUGUUGGCACUGAUAACAUUUUAUUUUGAAUGAUAAAUGUUCAACCCCCGUCAUCUGAAAUGCAAGAUGAAUUCAACCAUUGUUUAAUGUUCUGUACAGCGGACGUGUGAAAGCCACUAAUUUGCUGCCAUUGUGUUGCACUGGGCAUUCAGAUGUCUUCAGGUUUCACUUGGACAAGACACAAGCAUAUUUACGGUGUUGGUUCUCUUUUUGUGGGCCUUUAUUCCACAUGACCUGUAUUAAAAAGACUGAAAU